UUUUGUUUCAGUUUUUUGCUUCAAUUUUUUUAUUAUUUUUUUUUAUUUUGUGCUGAUCGAUUAUUUAGAAGUAUUUUGUUUAUUCUUUUCCUAUUUUGCUUCAUGUUUUUUACAAUUUGCUUCAGGUUUUAUUUUUUGCUUCAACUUACACGUUUUGUUUUCAAUAAUUUUUUUCUUCAUUUUUUAUUUAAAUCAAGUCGUUCUUGUUUCAGUUUUUAAUUUAAUUUUCGUGUUGUAUUUAUUGAUUAUUUAGAAGUAUUUUGUUUAUUCUUCCUCUAUUUUGCUUCACUUUUUUAAUUUUUAAUUGUAAUUUUGCUUCAAGUUUUGACAAUUUGCUUUAGGCUUUAUUUCUUGCUUCAUGCUACACUGUUUUAUUUUUAAUAAUUUUUUGCUUCAUUUUUUAUUCAUUUUUUACUUUAUUUUUAGGUCUGUUUAAAUUUUUAGGCUUGCUUCUGUUUUUAUUUUCUAGUUGCUUCAUUUUCUAUGAUUGCUUCAAUGUUUAUUUUUGCUUCAGUUUAAUCAUAUUUCAGUUAUUAUUUUUCUGCUUUAUGUUCAUUUUUUAAUAGUUGUGUUGCUUCAUUUUUAAUUUUUUGCUUCGAUUUUGUUAGGUUUGCUUCAUUUUAUUUUUGAUCUGUCUUACCCAUAUUAUUUUCUCAUUUUUUGCUUCACUUUUUUCUUCACUUCAAACAUCUCUUAAUUUUUAUUUUUAUUUUCAGAUAAUUAAUAAAUGGCCUAUAACUAAAUUUACUUAAAUUACUUAAAUCUACACUUAGAAUCUUCAUUUUAAUUUAAUUUUAAUUUUAAUUUAAUUUCUUCAAUCCAACUACUGCCACCAUUUUUAAAAUUUAAAUAAUAUGCAUCAACACCACCAAUCUCUCCCAACUUGUUCAAAUACCUUUUUACGUCGUGUGGAAGACAUGGAACACAUUUUGCGUGAACGAAUAGCCUUAUUACCUGGUGUUCGUGAUCGUGACAAUUCUCCAAUAAUUUUUUGUCCAGCUAGAGAUGUAAAUUCGAAUAUUGAACAUGUUAGGAAUUUAUUGCUGUAUUUGUAUGAUGUUACUGCUGAUGACGCUAAAUCUAGAGGUUUUGUAAUUGUUUUGGAUAUGAGAAGAGGAACAUCUUGGGAUGUUGUAAAACCUAUUUUAAAAUCUCUUCAGGAAUAUUUUCCAGCCAAAAUCAAUUGUGUUUAUAUAAUAAAACCAGAAAAAUUUCUCGACAAAUAUAAAAUAUCCACAGCAAAAUAUACAAAAUUUGAACUUCAAAUGGUCUCUCCUGAUGCCUUAACCAAAUAUAUUGAUUAUAGCCAAAUACCUAAAGAAUUUGGAGGUUCUUUUAAAUUUGAUUAUGAUGAGUGGAUUGAAAUUAGAAGGGAAAUUGAACGUAUAGUCCACAGAAUCUCAGAAAUACUCAAAAAUCUCGACCGCAUCUCCUUCGAAAUGUCAAGUGCCGAAAUGCCAAUAGAUGCAAUAUCAGCCCAAAAAUCAGUUCAAACACAUUCCAAUUUGUACCCAAUUUUAACAUCUGCACCAAUAGAAGAAUUUGAAAAACAAAUUUUUUCAAUAAAAGAAAGGCUAAUGUAUGAAAAAAAUGGUGGUGGAAUGAAGAAUGGAUUAGUUGUUUGUACCCAGCCAAAUCCUGAUUUAAUUGCUGUCUUUCCUAAUCUUUUACAAUUGCUCAAAACUUUGGUUAAAACAAGAAACGAAGUGCUUUAUGAUUGGGAAACAAGAAAAACUGAAUUAGAUCAAUAUUCUCAAUUAAAAUUAUUUGAACAGGAUGCUGAAAAUCUUUCUCAAUGGAUUUGUAAACAUUUUAAUAGCCUUACACACCGUUUUGUUUUAAUUGGAGAAAAUGAACUCGAAACAAAUAGAUUAUUAAAAGAACACUUGGAUUUUGCUGAAUCUGUUAAAGUAAGGAAAAAUUUUUUUUGGAUUUAUUUUUAA